AAGUGUCCGGACUGGAAGUGGGUGAAAGUGUCCGGACUGGAAGGGGAGGGGAAAGUGUCCGGACUGGAAGGGGGUGAAAGUGUCCAGACUGGAAGGAGGGGAAAGUGUCCGGACUGGAAGGGGGUGAAAGUGUCCGGACUGGAAGGGGGUGAAAGUGUCCGGACU